CUACGGCCCCACUAUCCGUUGCGGAGGGAUCUGGAGUGCCGGUGGGGCCGAAAGCACGGUGCCGGACCGCAGGAGCGAUCCCCGCCCCGCCCCUCCAACUGGAGCGGGAUCUACGUCUACCGAGUUGUCGCGAGCUUAAUCGAUUUCUAACAUUCACAUUCACCAGACACCGACGCCACCCUCGAGUUCAUGAGAAAUUUUUACGGCAUCGACAAGGGUUAUCGUUAUUCAGCAGCAUAAGCUUCGCCAAAACCAAUAUCGCGAAACCGAACAUCGUUUCCCUCCUCUUUCAACUCACAUCACCGUGCAGCUGCUUUGCUUGCUGCCAGUAACGUCACCUUUGCCUUGCGUCUGACAGCAACAUCCUGAAAGGGCAUCAACCGUCAUCGGUCCUUCUCACCCCUUAUUGACCGUCAAAAAAGAGGAAAAAGACAACACGAGCAGAUACCGACAGUAUCAAGACAGCAAUUCGCAAUUCACAAUGGCCCAAUUUUCAGCAGCAGCGACGCAACUCCGAAAGGAGCUGAAGCAGAUGCAGAAGGACACGGACAUCCCCGGGAUAUCAUGCGGCCUGGUGAACGACAACAACAUCUUUGAGUGGGAGGUGAUGUUGAUGAUUCCCGAUGAUGUCAAAUACUAUGGCGGAGGCAACUUCCGCGCCCACCUCGUCUUCCCGCACAACUACCCGCUCAUGCCCCCAACUCUUACGUUUCAAUCGCCCAUCCCGUUCCACCCCAACAUCUACCCGUCGGGCGAGCUCUGCAUCAGCAUCCUGCACCCGCCCGAGGAGGACAAGUACGGGUACGAGGACGCGUCGGAGCGGUGGUCGCCGGCGCGCUCGCCCGAGAAGGUGCUGCUGAGCAUCAUCAGCUUGUUUAGCGAUCCGAACCCGGAUAGCCCCGCUAAUGUCGAGGCUGCGAGACUCCUCAGGGAGGAGAAGGAGGGGAAACACAAGGAGUUUAGGAAGAGGUGUAGGGCUUGUGUGAGGGAGAGUUUGGGGGAGGAGUGAUUUGGUUGGGAUGAGUGGGAUGAUGGGGAUGCCAAGUGUUGGAUGGUGGACUGGGGAGAUUGUGAAGACGGGGAGGACUGAAGGAGGGUGGUGGUGUAAGCGAAUUUGCCCAUGUUUUCGAUGGAUAUCCUUAGCGAAAUAUUAUCAAAUACCUUUCGUAGCUGUGCCAUGAUGCGGAGAUUGAAGUAGGGAAAACUUGCGUUGUCAUUUAAACCCUGAUUUGGCCAGCAACGCGGUUAUCAGGAGACCGACAUACACAUAUCACGGAACUGCCUCUAAAGUCAAUAGUAGAGCGUAGUGUGUGUGCAAGCCAAAGACUGAAUGACAAG